ACCCAUGUUUUAAUUUAUCAACUUUUAUAUAACUGUGUGUUUUAACUACUAUUGUGUGCAUAUAGUUUAAAGUAAUUAGUAUUAAAAUAUGUUUACAAAGAAAGAAAAGAAAAUGACGUAUUUCCUUGGAGGUAGUAUAGUAGGAGCAACAGCUGGUUUUCUAAUUGGAAAAAUGAUUGGUAACACAUCGAAAGUGCAAGCACAAACAUGUGAAUCAAAGACUUUUAAUAAUACAAAGAUAAUGAACUAUUCUCAGGAUGACAAUAUUCAUAACAUGCGUUUACCUAAAAAUGUGUAUGCUGGUCAUUUGCGUUCCAAAAGCACUUCAGAAAGUGAAAGCAAGAAUUGCAAAGAAGAACCAGUGUUCAAUAAUUCUUUUACAACAUUGGACAAUUCAUUGGAAAAUAAUAUGAACGAAUUUUCUUUUAAACCAAAAUAUAAUUACACAACGCAAAAAGUAUGUUACAGUGACAAUACAAAUUUUAAUGAUAUAAGCAUAGAAGAUAACGUAGAAGUUAAUACGGAAGAAAAUGAAAAUUCACCAGAAGCAAUAAACAUUAAAUAUGUACCUAAUGCGAACAAAAAUAAUUUACUGAAACGUUCAGAAUGUUUUACAAGUACAGAAUCAACUGACAAAUUAAACAUUUUAUUUAAUGAUAAGUAAUAUGAUAAAUAUAAUAUGCAACAAUUUAGCACUUAAAAUACAGCAUUAUUAUCAUAAAAUUAGAUUAUUACUAUAAUACUAUGUAUCAUUUAUAAAGACACUAAUCUAUAAGUUGUAUGAGAUGUAAAUAGUUUAUUUUCUAUUUUUGAAAUAUAUGUACACAAGUUUUGUAAAAUGCAUUUUAGAGUAAUUUAAAUAUACUUCCCGAAAUUUUCGUGGUUCCUAAUUCACUUAACAUAGAAGUUUAAUAACUAUUCCAAUUACGUUUGAUAUUCGUAUAAAAUAUUCUAGACUAAUUUAGAAAUGUAAAGUAUGAAGUACAAUACAUUUAUAUCGAUUAAUAUCAAUCUCACUGACAUUGAAAAGAACAUUCCGAAUAAGUACUUCUACUAUUUUAAAUUUUACUUACUCCUGAAUUCAAUGUCAUCUCCGAGCACCCGAUUGGUUGAAUCUGUUCGUACGCCACGCCUACAUUCUGCGUUAUGGCGGUGUGUCAGAGAAAUGAGAUACACAGUCUGUUAUGAAGAAAGGACUGCGUUUUGCAAUGAAGUCGGUUACUAGAUGUACAUUGAAAUAAAGCGUUAAAUAAGAAGGCAAAAAAUCUCUGUAUGUAAUUACAUAGCUAAUGAUGUAUGCUUAAUCAUGAUAUCAAUGACAAAAAAUAACCAAACACUCAUCAGGAUGUGUUUUUCUAAUGUUUAUCAUUAAUCGCAUCUUUGCUGAGGUCAGAGAGUGAUGCCGGUUCAUCAGAUCAAUGUUAAUCCACCUGACUGGCAACCACCUCUGUCACUUGGUCCUUCCAAUAAUAAUAGUCCUGCUACUGGUCAAAGUUUACCAGAAUGGACUUCAAGGGAAUCAACAUAUGCAGCUGUAGUUACGAUCAUACCAGAUCAUUGUCACUCAUCUGUGAGCACAUUAUCCUCCAGCAAUCAUGAUAUUUGUAGAAUAUGUCAUUGCGAAGGUGAAGAAGGUGCUCCUCUUUUAGCACCUUGCUACUGCAGUGGUAGUUUACGCUAUGUACAUCAAACUUGCCUUCAGGAAUGGAUAAAAGCUUCUGACACGCGUGCUUGUGAAUUAUGCAAAUUCACAUUUAUUAUGCAUUCUAAAACGAAACCAUUUUGUGAGUGGGAAAAACUUGAAAUGUCAGCGCGAGAAGUUCGUAAAUUAUGGUUUGCGGUUAUUUUCCAUACAUUAGUUACACUUGGUGUGGGUUUAUCUGUAUAUGUACUUGUUGAACGAUCCGUGCAAGAUGCCUUAGAUGGAUACGUAGACUGGUCAUUCUGGACUAAAUUAAUAGUUCUUGUAAUUGGUUCUACAGGAGGUUUAGUUUUUAUAUUUAUUCAAUGCAAAACAUACAUUAUACUAUAUAGAAAAUGGCGAGCAUUUAACAGAGUAAUAUUCAUUCAGAAUGCUCCUGAAAAAGUGGUGCUUCCUCCUUCACCUACAGACUCUUUCAGAGAAGUAACAUUACCUCUAAAGGAGCUCGAUCAUACCAUAUUACCCCGUAACAUAGAUCCUCCAUGUGCCUCGCAGAUGGUAAAAUCAGAUUCUGAUGCUCCUCCACAGAGGCAUGAAACUCAUAUGAAACUUUACGUAUUCGAUAAACUGUCCUCACUGGAAGACAAUAUGUAAUAUGAUUGGGAUAAUAUGGAUGAAUGCUAAUUGUGUAUCGAUAAUUAGCGAAAUUGUAAUACCAGCAUCAGCAUGUUUGUCUAGAAUAUGCCCUAAUUCUGGACGAAAAUACGAUUUUGGAAAAUUGAAGUUUCUAUUUCGAAACUUUCAAAUGUCCGCCCUUACGGAGCACCUUUAUUUGAAACUUAGUACUUCAGUGCUUACAUUGACAAUGGGAUAGCUGAAAGUGUUCAGUCAUUGAACUAACACUUCAUCAGAUAUUUGUGUACAUAAUUAUUGUAUCUGUGAUGUUAUUAAAUAAACUUUACCAUAUUUAAACAGUACAUCCAAUAAUAUUAGCGUAAUUAUUUAAAAUUAUAUUUUUCAAUUUCUUUGUAUUUUCUUUCAAAAUAUUAUUUUCUACACGAAUUUCAAACACAUUUUUAUUUUUUUAAUAAAUGUCUUCAUGAAGAAAAAAUGACAUAGUUUCAUAUUAUGAACCUAACAUGUUUACAUUACUUUAUUUGAAAGCACGUGUCACGUUCUGUCAUAUGGACUUGUUUAUUAAAUCUACCUACUAUCUUGCAUUAAAGCAUUAUAACUCUAAAGAAAGUUUUUAUCUCUUCAAUAUGGAUGUUUACAGUUAAAGAAGGAUAAAGGAAAAAUUUUAAAUGUAUAUUCAAAUUAAAUUAUAUUAUGAUACAUUACUUGCACGCAUAAGUAACCAAUAAAUAAUUAACUCCAAAAAUUUAUUUCAUGAAUAAUUUAUUAUGAAUAUACAAAUUUUCGUACUUUAUAUAUUAAAGUACAAUUCAGACCAAUUUAAUAUGGUUAAAAAGUCUAGAGAGAUAUGGAAAAAUGUUUACAAAAAUAUUGUUCACUUUAUGACACAUUAUAAGCAGUUGUUAAUACCGUUUAGUACAACAUAGAAACACCUUUUCAGUUUAAAAUA